ACAGCCAGUGGAGGCGGUAGCACGACCACAAUCCAACAGCGGAAGCGCGAGAUCGGGCGGCCGCACUACGUGCGCGAGGCAACCCAGUUCGCCUUACUAACUUGGUGACUUGGUCACUCAGUGACGCUCUCGUGCGGCCGAGGGUGCUCUCUUGGCAAGUGUCGGUUACGUAAUCUGUUGCCUGUCGCGAUCGCCCGUCGACGCCGGCAACCGACGGAUAGUCAUUUUCGGAAAAGCGUAGUGACGUUUGAAACGUCUGUAACCGCCAGGUCCAACAGUGAUAGCGAUUUCUCAAUAUCGAGAAUCCUCAGGUCACUUUUCUGUGAGACCGAUAUUUGUGAGACCGAUCCGCGGUCAAUGUGAAUUCUGAGAAUUAAGUAAAGAAAAUAUUUGGAUUCCGAGGGAACUCUCUGAAAAAACAAGUGAUAUAAUGGAUAUCCAUCGAAAGAAUCGUCACGUUUUCGCGAUGAAUAAUCGCGCAUACGACGAGUGUCGCAUUAUGAUUACAUAAUUCAUUAUGAGCCGUCGUCGCGUUCAGAUUCAAUUCCAGGCGCCUGCCGAACUCAGGUUUGCAGCUAUUUGCUUGCGGUGCGGUAAUCAGACGCGGCUCCGAAGGACAAAUGAAUACGUGUGAUCGGAAUCGUGGGACUUUGCGCUCUUCUUUUCUUCUCUCUUCUUCGACCGAGGAUGCAAAUCGGCGAAUCGCGAAUGCCGAAGUGCUGAAUUCGAAGAGUGCUCGCGCUGACGAUCGGACAAUCAAUUCCACAAUUCGAAUUAUGUGCGGGGAAGACACAAUCACUGACGUAAAUAGUCACCGCCGUGUUCGUAGGAAGAUCGUAGAUCCUCGUCGAGAUUGAAGAGCUAGCUGUCGACAAUUGAACGAGAUCUCUCAUACGAAGUCGAUAAUAUUUUCAGAUAUAGCCGCGACAUAUAAAUCCCAUCAGCGUUCUCAAGUCCGACUUACUGCCGAAUGCGCGGCUCGCGACUUCCGCUGGAAGAACGGUGCGACUCCGCGUCGAGGAAAACUCAAUGGAUGAGAAUCGAGUCUCACGUCGGUAUGAAUGAACCGCGCGUCACUAAACAACCGUCGCAUCGGCUUGAACGUAUAAACAACGGAUGAUUAUUUUUGUCAUUAGUCAGUCAUCCGGCGGACGAUCUUCAAGACAAAAACGACUGCAACAUCUGUCUGCCGACAGAAGCACAAGUCAUACAAGUCACAAAAAAGUCAGCUCCGAAAAAUAUCUUAUGUUGAACAUGUUUUGGUCGAAAAUCGAUUUUUUGCGAUAAUAUUUAGGAAAUAUGGACAGUCUAUGUGAACCAAGAACCGGAACUAGAAAAAGUCUCCGUGAAAUAGUUUAAUUGUGAAACAAAAUAACUUAUGAUCCUUCCUAUUUGAAUACAAAGUACUUGCUGAGUCAGUCGCAACAUAGUCGUUGAAGUUCAGCUAGCUGCGAAGUCAGUCGAAAAAAGUUCAGAAGAAAGCUUACUUACUUUUCAGCGAGCAACGAAUGAACUUGAUGAACCCAAUCAGUCGUCCGACACGUCGCUAACAAGUUCAUGAAAGUCUCGUCGCGGGUACCAGCUAAGAAUGUCUGACAGUUCGGAUCAACUGUCAUCGCCGAAUAGCGACUGCAACAGUCAAAUCGGCGCUGUUCAUCGCAACGCAACCGCUCAGUACGGCAACACGACGUCGAUGUCCAGUCUCGGCUUGUCUCAUCAUCCACAGAACCUGACCCCUACGUCGAACGGUAGCCCUCAGUAUGCACAAGAGCUGUCUACUUGCAGCACAGCCGCCAGUGUAAACGCCAAUAUUGUUAACAUCAGCACUCUCUCUUUUGGUGGUACCACUAGCAACUUCACGCCUGAGCAGAUAUCUUGUAUGUGCGAGGCGUUGUCACAGAGCCAGGACAUCGAAAAACUGUCCAGAUUUCUUUGGUCCCUACCGCCCGGCGAACUGCUUCGCGGGGGCGAGAGCGUACUGAUGGCGCGUGCCGCCGUAGCCUUUCAUCGUGGAGCCUAUCACGAGCUCUACUCGAUCCUGGAGAGCCACCCUUUCUCGCCGCGUCGCCACCCCGAGUUGCAGCAAAUGUGGUUCAAAUCACACUACCGCGAAGCCGAGAAGAUCCGUGGCCGACCAUUAGGCGCUGUGGACAAGUAUCGGCUUCGCAAAAAGUACCCGUUGCCGAAGACGAUCUGGGACGGCGAGGAGACCGUUUAUUGCUUCAAGGAGCGCUCGAGGAACGCUCUGAAGGAGUGCUACAUGAAAAACCGAUACCCCACGCCGGAUGAGAAGAAGAAUCUCGCAAAAAAGACCGGCCUGACGUUGACUCAGGUGUCCAAUUGGUUCAAGAAUCGCCGGCAAAGGGAUCGCACGCCGCAGACGAGAACGGACAUGAUACCAUUGAAUUGUCAGACCACGAGCAACAGUGCGAUCAGCAGCUCAGUGAGCAACGGCGGCAGCAUUCAAUCUCUUCAGAGCAUCGACUCGGAUAGUCCAAACCUCGCGAUGUCACCCUUAUCGAACAUAGGCAUGUCGCCGGUUGGCAUGAAUCCGUGCAGCCCGAUGGGUAUGAGCCCAAUGGGGCCUCAUCACGGCUACGCCACUCCCGUCACCCCGUCGUCUGUUCACACCGCUCACUCUCACAACGGCGGAUUGAGUCCUAUGAACGACGUCAAGGCCCUUUGUUACGGGCGCAGCGUGUACGAUACAGACGUGGAACAGAGCUCGGUGUACUAUGCUAGUCACUCCAGCAUGCACCACCAAUAUUACCAGCAGACGCAUCACCAGAUGAUGUCCAGCUCUCAUCACCAUCAUCAUCAUCAUCAGCAGAGUAUGCCGACCGGCUAUGAGAUCAUGUUGCCGCCGCCUCAACACUCCAUGUGAUCGACAGACUACGAAGCUAUACGAAGCGAUCACGGCCAUCAUGGGCAAAACGACGACGUGUUGACGCGCGUACACGCCUUCGCUUGAGUUUAUCGCUCCUUCGAUCGCGAUUUGAGUCGCGUGCGACGAAGGAAAAAGAGUAACCGCAUAAAGCCCGUAUCAAACUACCGAGUCAGCGCCUCAUUGUGAUUGGUCCAUUGAGAGUCGGCAGUCGUAGUCGGCAGUCGGGUCGGCCGGUGCAAUGGGUAGUCUGAUACGGGCUUAAAGGAAUACCGGUGAAGACGGAGCUGAAAAGGCUGACAGAUUCGGUCGACUUCUUAGGUUGAGUUUCCGACGUGUUUGGGACGAAGAGAACUUUCGAUGGGUCGCAAAAGACUUUAUGUUUACAAAUUGGCGUUAAAUUUUAUGCAAUGAUUAUACCGAGAAAAAGGGGAACGAAGAAAGAGAAAGAGAUCACGAGCGUGCCCACACAGCAGAAAUGUCCCGAAUACAUCACAAGGAUAUUAUAAAGAUAUCUCAAUAUCUGUAGGAUAUUCUUAUGAUAUAUUCGGGAUAUUUUUGCUAUGUGAGUAAUUAUAAAAAUUACAUUAUAACAUAAGAAAACAUUGACACGCAAGUAUUGUGAUUAUAUGCGAAAACGAAUUACAAUUGUAAAUCUUAGAAAUCAGUAUUAUGAGUAAAAUGCAGAGAAAAAGAAGAGAGAAUGAGAAAAAGAGAUAUCAACGUGUGAAAUAACGUCGAAUGUUUAUAUAAUUACGAAAUUGUAAUUGCAAAGUUACUGCUACGGGAAGCGGAGAUGUAAAUUGAUGUGCGGACUAGCCCUCCUCUGUUGCAGUCUCUUGAUUUUAAUAUUACAAUCCUUCCGACGAAUCUUUCUGCGAAUGGAAAUCGCAUCGUGCAAUUAUAUUAUACGAAUUCUUGCUUGCGACCGAACGUUAACCGUGAAAAGGGUGCGUCUUAACCCUAUGAAGUGAUGGGAACACUACGCGAAAGGCUUAGGAGGGACGAAAGAACUGGUUUUAUUUCGUGUACCCUUCUUCAAAGAUAUUCCAUAUGCAACAAAAAGGUCUCGACAACUGUCCUUCCGGACGAUUCUGCAGGAUAUUUUUCAGAACAUAUGACGGAUGUCACCUCUUUGUUCAUUGCAGCUAGAUUUUAUAAAAUGCCGAUUAUGUAGGAGAAGAAUGUAUGUAAGAAGAAAGAUAGAUAUUUAUUUCGUCAAAGAAGUCAGAGAAGCAGAGUUGGGAAGUAGCUUGUAACGCCGUUACCAUUGCCGUUACUUCUUUUUUCGAUAACGAUCGUUACUUUUUUCUGUAACGAUAACAACAACGAAUUUAAUUGUUAUUUUUAUCGUUACUUUAGUUAUUUCUAUUCAAUGCGUUAAUCGCACGUUGUAGCGUAGUUAGAUAUUUUUGAUUAGAUAGAAAUAUCUCGAUAUUCAUUGAAAGACAAUAUGUGAUUUUAUCUUAUUCCUCAUGUAAAAACGAUUGUUAGUACAAUGGCAAGUUAGUACAAAUUUUAGCUGUUAAAAAUUUUUGAUAAAUUUAAUAAUAAGUAUGCUUAGUGUAGUUCAUUUUUGUAAGAAACCAUGGAACGAGUGUGUGUAUAUAUUACAUUAAGCCUAUUAUUAAAUUUAUUAAAAAUCUUCAAGAACUAAAUUGUAAAAUCUGGCUCUGUACCGACAAUAAUUUUUAUGUGAAGAAUAAUAAAAGAUUAGAAAAUAGACUCAAGCGCAUAAAGAGAUAUUAGUUCUCUGACUCAAGAUUAUUGUAUAUUGUAUAUUAUUGCAGUUUUGAAUAGUUUGUUCUUUUUAAAUGAACUGGUUACACCAAAAAUAAUAAUUUAAGCAUAAAAACAAUAAUUUAAUUUUAAAAUCAAUUACGUAUUUUAUUUUAGUACUAUAAAAAAAUAACAAAAAAGUAACGAACCGUUACUUUCUUAGUAACUGUAACGGUAACGCGUUACUUUUUUUAAAUAACGUUCCCAACUCUGUCACCAAGUGUGUACAAUAUAUUUUCGGCGUCGUGUAUGAUAUCUGUGUUGCAGAUAGUAUUGUAAAUCAUUGCGAGAUCCAUGAAACUGCAACAGUGAAAAUAUCGCCGUGCGAUCAGAACAGUGAACUACAGUUCGAAUGUGAAUUUGUUUACAGUGCGAUUUGCAGUCUGUCGUGUCGGAGAAGAGAGGAAAAAGCAAUUAUGUGAAAGAACAAUCACACGGCAUAUAUGCUUUUCUUCUUAUUUGAUCUGUAUAUAGUUGAGAGAUAUAUGAUAUUAUACACAUGCGCGUAUUAUGUAUGUAAUGUAUAUAUAAUAUCAGAAAGUAACGAUGUAUUAAAAUGGUUUUUAAUAAAUAGGUAUUAAGUAGUA